ACCAGCAAAAUUAAAAAGAAAUUAAUUCCUUUCCCAAAAAUAUAAUUUCCAUUUUAUUCUUUCCCUAUAUAAUAUAUGCACUACCACGCCUUUUGCAUCCCCCAUUACAAUACCCCAAAAUAACAUUUGAUCACAAAAAUAGAAACCCAUCCAUAAUUUCCAUUUUUGUAUCCCUUCUCAUGUUCUCUCCAUCAAAAAAACUCCAUCCAUGUUAAAGAAAAUAUAUAAAAAUAUGGACUAGGGUUUGCUCGAGUUUGUUUGUCUAGCUAGGGAGAAAAUUUGCAGGAAAAAGGGAAGAGAAAGAGUAAGUGAUUAAUCAAGUGAGAGUGUGUUUGAUAGAAAAAUGGGGAGAGGUAGGGUUCAGCUGCGGCGGAUCGAGAACAAGAUUAGCAGGCAAGUAACGUUUUCCAAGCGUCGAACGGGGCUGCUGAAGAAGGCUCAUGAGAUCUCAGUUCUAUGUGAUGCUGAGGUGGCUUUGAUUGUCUUCUCCAACAAAGGAAAACUGUUUGAGUACUCCACUGAUUCCAGCAUGGAGAGGAUCUUGGAACGAUAUGAACGAUAUUCAUAUGCAGAAAGACAGCUUCUCCCUAAUGAUUCUGAGUCACAGGCAAACUGGUCCAUUGAAGUUCCCAAGCUGAUGUCAAGGAUUGAAGCUUUACAAAGGAACAUAAAGCACUUUAUGGGAGAAGAGCUUUCUCCCCUGAGUCUCAGAGAGCUCCAACAUUUGGAGCAACAGAUUGAUACCGCUCUUAAGCGCAUCCGAUCUAGAAAGAAUCAAGCAAUGCAUGAAUCCAUCUCAGAACUGCAGAAAAAGGAAAAGUCAUUGCGAGAACAGAAUGAUACCUUAGCGAAGAAGGUACAUCUGAAGGAAAACGAGCAGCAACACCUUGGCCAAGGCUCAUCACCGCAGUUCAUUCAACCACCACCACCGCAGCCAACAGCAACACUGCUAUUCCCUUCUUUAACCAUAGGUGGGAGUUUCCAACCUAAUGAAGAAGCAGAAGGGACGUCAAGGCCGAAUAAUACGCUUAUGCCACCAUGGAUGGUUCGCCAUGUGAACGGCUAGAGAAGGGAUAUGAAUCAAGACUGAGACAUCAACGAUUCAAAAAUAUAUACAUGAGUUGAUGUCAAAUUAUCUAGCAUAUAGCUACUAGAUUAUCUACAUACUUUAUGCAAUGUGAAAACUCUUAAUAUUAUUUAAGGUGAAAUAUAUAAACUCUUUCUAA